AUGCCGAACAGAUGGCGUCGAUACAACACCCCUUGUUGUCUCUUCAUUGAGCAGUGAAUACUGAGAAUUUGAUUCACAUUCAUGGGAAUUUAAACUGUUUGUGUCACCAAAACUCUCAACACUAGGAACUGACGCCUCUUUCUCUUCCAACAUUAUCUUCAACAGAGUUUCUCCCACCUAAAAUUACGGGAAAACAAAAGGUCAUUCAAAAUGUAUAAAGUAUAUCAUAGAAACAUUUAAAAAUCUACAAAUCUACACAUCACCGCAUUCUCAUGAUCAUUAAGUUAAAAUGAUUAUUCCCUCGCUGAUGAUUUACUAGAUUAUUUACCAUGCUUUUCACUUUCUAUUUAUGUUAGAAGGACGAUAACACCUUUGUAGACAUUUUUACUAUCCCAGUAACCAGCUUACAGAAAGAAAGGAUCCAAGCGUUUAUUCAGAGCUAUAUACUGUCGCAACAGGAGCAGACUGGCAUCAGAAUAGACAGGAACGAAGGCAGGGGAUGGCCCUGCUGUGACCACAUGGGAGUCCCUUCGAUUCAAAGCCUGUUUUGA